GACUUUUGUAAUUGGUAGUAUUCAGCUUUGAGUAGGUGAUAAAAAUCAGCUGGAAAUAAAAAAUUCACCAAGUAAAGGUUCAGGAAAAAAAAAAAGAAGUGUUCAAAGAUAUCUUAUGGUCUUUUCUUUAAUUUGAGGUAUUUAAUUUUAGUGUUUUAAUGGUUGGGUGGAUGAUCUGCGCACGCGCGUCCCCGCGAGAGUACGUUGUAGUUGGUGCGGAAGAAGAGGCGGUAGCCAUGGCGUCGUCGUCGCCGUCGUCGUCUGGCGCGGGAGGAGGCCCCAACAGUUCUAGAAACGUAGAGCCUAAGAUUGAAGGUAUGAUCAACAGAAUUAAUGAACUGCAACAAGCUAAGAAAAUUGCAAAUAAGGAGCUCUGUGAGACCCAGGCCCAUAGGCAAUCUCUGCAGAAAGAACUAGAUGAAUUGAGUUUGGAGGAGACACAUUUGAAGGAAAUCUUGAACAAGAAGCAAGAAACCCUGAGGAUCCUUCGCCUGCAUUGCCAGGAAAAAGAAACUGAGGCCCUAAGACAGCAGGCAGUAUCUGAGGGAUGUAAGCAGAGGAUAACUGAGUUGAAUUCCAAGAUCCAGGAAGAAAAACUGAAGAGAAGGAAUCAGAGAAUGGAGUUUGGCCAGCAACUAGAGGAGAUGAUGGAGAAGCACAAAACUCUCUGGGAGUUCCAUAAGGCAGAGAAUCUCUCCCAGGAAAUCAGCAACAUCAGCAACAAGGAUCAGCUCUUGUUGGAGGAAAAGCUAACUCAGGAAAAGCUUAACACCAUCCAGAAGCAGUUGGACAAGUUGACCCAACUUGAGAUCAAGACUGAAGCUACAGCUGUGACCAGUGUGGAUGCCUUCCUACGCAGUGAGGAGGCUGCUGCAGCUGUGCAUCUGUUUGAGGAAGAAAACAAGAAAGCCACAGAAUUUCUAGAGGCAGCCUCUCUACACUAUCACCAGUUACAGCAGAAAUACCAAAGGCUGAAAAAUGAGCUAGAAGCUAUUGGUCAUAGUGGUAUCAAAGAACUCAAGGAGAGAGACACAGAAGAAGCUGCUGAAGGGGAAAGUGCCACUGUUUCCAAAUCUGUCAAAAACACUCUUGGGAUGCAGAAGAAAGAUCAAGAAGUCAGGCAUGGCCAUGGGAAACACUCUGACCCACCAGGUUCAUCCUCAUCCUAAAGGAGCCACCUAAUAAAUAAGCAAAGUGAAGCUUUGCCUACACAAGUUUGUAGAGACUUAGUAAUCUGGACCUUGAGGCCUGUAGAUUGGCCCUUGAGAAUCUUUUCCUGAAUAAAGACAGUUAUUUUCUGCUC